AUGGCGGGUACAGAUUCUACUGGAAAGUUUAUAUCAGAAAUAACCCAGCAACAAAUUUUUCACACAUUUCUUGAAUCAUUAUCUGUUGAUAGUAAAUCAAAGCUUCUCUCACAGAAUAAAUUGGUUUGCAGAAACAAUUUGGAUUUAUUCUUUGCUAAUGAAAACCUAGUAAGAUGUUGUACUAUCAAUCCGGAAUAUACUAAUUUUAGAUUGCUAGACAAUAAAUAUGAUGACUUUAAAAUAAGAUCAUUAGAGAUGAAUUCUCUGGGAUCAUUGAUGGCCAUUAUAGGUGAUACUGAAUUGGUUGUUGUCAGCUUACCAACGUCUUUGACAGCUAGCAACUCGUCGUUAUUGCAAGUUAAGUCGUAUAGAAUACACGGGAUUGAAGGGCAGAUAAAGAAAGUGAUUUGGCAGUCAAUUGUUGCCAACGAUUGCUGCUUAGUUGUAUUGAACGAUAAGUCUGAAAUCAAGUCGUAUGAUUUAUCGCUUUCAUCUUACGAACCUCAAUUAUCUAUUGAUUUAGGGAAAGACGAUGCAUUCAAGGGAGAAGUGGCACGGUCAAUUUCGUUUGGGUCUAGUGCUAAUUUAUCUGGUUCCUUGACAUUGUACGUGGCUACCUCAUCUUCAAAUAUAUUCGCAAUUUACCCAUUCAUCCAUAAGCUAGGCAAAAUAGCCACUACAGAAUCCAAUGUCCGGGAUUUGCUAGACGAAUCUACAUCAUUAAUUACAGCAGUUCAAGAAAGGUUUCCAUCGAAAGACUUGGUCCAAUCGAGUCACCAAAGUGUAUUGAACCAUGCAUCUAUGAAGCAAUAUGCUUACAUAUCUUCUUUGUAUAAACAAUUUGAAACAUCAUUUGCCCCGAGGAGGGAAUACAGGCAGUUACUAUCCACAAAUCCACUUGAAUUAUCAGUUUUAAGUCAAGAGCUACCAGAAAACUUUCUUCCAAUUGUACAGGGUCCUGUAACUAUAACGAAAGACAAAACACUCAAAGACUUAACAUGCAUAGGCUCAAAUGAUAAUAUUUCUAUUUUGGUGUCUAUUUCGAUUUCUGCUGGAAAUGAAACAUUUUUAAGCUACCAUUCUCAGUUAAAGCCGUUAAUAAUGAAGUGGAGUGAUGUGAACGACCAAACUUUGAAAAAAGAAGAAGUGACACCCAAUAACAAUCGUCAAUCGCAAGUAAAUGAGAAAGAAAAAAAUCAUGAAAAAGGAUACAUUAGGCCUAAGAGGGGUUUCGGAUAUAUUGAUGAAGUCGAAUUGUCAAAUGAAGAAGAAGAGAAAAUUCCUCAUAUCAACAGCAACGAAUUUGAAUCAAAAAAUCGUGAAAUUGAAAUACUAUUCUGGAAAGAUGAGUUUACUGAAUUAAGUACUUUGGCUAUUGAUCAAAUACCGGUUAGCGCAUCCCAAGAUAUUGCAUUGUCUACUUUAAAUUCUGAAGGAUCAAAAAUUUCUAUCAAGAUUGGGAAUAGUAUAAUAUACUUCGACUGUGGUAAAUGGUGCGAAGAACUAGUUCUUGAUGUUUCAAAUGGCCAUAUACCACAAAAUUUGGAUGUUUCCAGCAAAUAUACUUUAGUUGUUGAUGGAGUUCAAGAAAUCAGUAGUUUUGCUUUGAUUAAAGAUACAAUGAACGAGACAGGCGAUUUCUUAAUAAUAUUGAAGACGCAGAAAGACAACAACUUAGAAGUAAAACAGAUAUCUGAAAAUACUACGCCAAACCCAGAUCCCGAGAUCAUCGAAAUUGAUACUAUAAUAGAAAAAGUAAACCAUGAAUCAAUAUUGAUAAAAGAACCAUUUGAUGAGCUUUUAAGCGAAUUGGAUAUUUUGAAGCGUGUCAACCCUGAAACCCUUGGUAAAUCUUUGUAUAUGAAUAAAGAAUUGGCUGGAGUACCUAUCUAUGGUACUAAUACCGAAAUAUUGAAAAAUUUAAACCACCUUUCGACAGAAACAAUACAACAAAUAUCAAAAUUUACUUCAUUUGCAAUACAUUUGAACUUAAGAGUUACAACUCAAAUUGAUGAAUUGAAAUUUCAAAUCAAUAAUUUACAAAGAAUUCAAAAACUUGGCUUAGACGACGGCAUUUUGGACUCAAAGAAUGAAAAGGCCAAUGACCUAAUUGCUAGACAGAAUAAAAUUAAUGAUAGAAUUCAAAAAUUGCAAGAUAAAAUUUUUGAUGCUAAUCAAAAGUUGAGAUAUUCAAAAUCGUUACCGCUUUCAGACGCUGAAAAGUUAUGGUUUAAAGAGAUUAACUCUGUCAAUGCACAAGUAUCCCAAGACACUGAUAAUGCUAAGUGUUUGAAUAGUGUUGUAGAAAAUAUGACUUCCCAAGUUUCAAAAAUAGUAAACAGCAUUAAGGAGGGAGAAAAACAGACAGAGGAGACUCAAAAAUUUGAGAAUAAAUUGAAGAACCUCCAAGAACAUCACAAUAUAUUGAAGUUGAAGCAAUGGUUGCAAGAAGAGAACGAUUUAAUCGUACUUGUUAAGGAAAAGUUGGAUGAAAGUUUUGAGCAAUUGAAGAUAUAA